AGCGAGGGCGGGCUUCUUUGUUGCAGUGCGGACUCGUGUCCUUGUGGCGCCUCCCCCUCCUUGCUCCCUCCUCUCCCUGCCCCUUUCCUCUCUCUCUCCCUCUCUGCCCCUUUUCUCUCUGCAUGCAACAGAACCACCAAGAUGUCCAUCUUGAAGAUCCAUGCCCGUGAGAUUCUCGAUUCGCGUGGUAACCCCACGGUGGAGGUUGAUCUGUGCACUGGGAAAGGAAUGUUCAGAGCAGCUGUUCCCAGCGGUGCCUCCACUGGCAUCUAUGAAGCAUUAGAACUUAGAGAUGGAGACAAGACACGAUACUUGGGCAAAGGUGUGUCGAGGCCUGUUAAGUAUAUUAAUGAAUUACUUGGACCUGCUUUGUGUAGUCAGAAUCUAAAUGUUUGUGAGCAGGAGAAGAUCGACAAGCUGAUGCUGGAUAUGGACGGCACUGAGAACAAAUCAAAAUUUGGUGCCAAUGCCAUUCUGGGCAUUUCACUGGCUGUAUGCAAGGCAGGUGCGGCAGAGAAAGGGGUCCCCCUCUAUCGCCACAUUUCCCAUCUAGCAGGCAAUACACAGGUUAUCCUCCCUGUUCCGGCUUUCAAUGUGAUCAAUGGGGGCUCUCACGCUGGUAACAAGUUGGCCAUGCAGGAGUUCAUGAUCCUGCCAAUUGGUGCCUCCAACUUCAAGGAGGCAAUGCGCAUUGGGGCCGAGGUGUACCACAACCUGAAGAAUGUUAUCAAGAGCAAGUAUGGGCAGGAUGCAAUCAACGUUGGAGAUGAAGGUGGAUUUGCACCCAAUAUCUUGGAAAACAAAGAAGCCCUGGAACUGCUGAAGUCGGCCAUUGAGAAAGCGGGCUACACCGACAAGGUUGUGAUCGGCAUGGACAUUGCAGCUUCCGAGUUCUAUCGUGACGGGAAGUAUGACCUGGAUUUCAAAUCCCCACCUAAUCCAGAACGGAACGUCUCUUACGACAAGCUCAUUGAUCUUUACACAUCUUUCACCAAAGAUUACCCUGUUGUCUCCAUUGAGGAUCCUUUCGACCAAGAUGACUGGGAAGCCUGGAAGAAGUUUACAGCCAACACUGAUAUCCAGGUGGUGGGAGAUGACCUAACUGUGACUAAUCCCACUCGCAUUGCCAAAGCAGUGCAGGAGAAAGCUUGCAACUGUCUGCUGCUCAAAGUCAACCAGAUUGGUACCGUGACCGAGUCCAUUCAAGCUUGUAAGAUGGCGCAGAGCAAUGGAUGGGGAGUGAUGGUGAGCCACCGUUCCGGUGAAACUGAGGACACUUUCAUCGCUGACCUGGUGGUGGGGCUGUGCACUGGUCAGAUUAAGACGGGAGCUCCGUGUAGAUCUGAACGCUUGGCCAAGUACAACCAGAUAUUGAGAAUUGAAGAGGAGCUCGGGCAGAAAGCUUGUUUCGCUGGCAGGAAAUUCAGGAACCCUCUUGGCAAAUAAAGCAGACGGCGCAUUGAUUGAAAGAAACAGCGACUAAAUCCAUCGUCGGUCCCGUGUUUAGACUAGCUUUUCCCUCUCUGCCCCUCCUGAACCAGCAGAAUUGCCCGCCGUCUUUGUGCUGUCACUGACGCAGAAUGAUAAUUGUACCCGAGGAAAGGCAAUGUGUCAGGCUGUUGUGAUGUGUGUUCUUUCCUCUGGAGAAUAAUAAAUGCAAGGCAUAAACUCA